AUGUAACGAUAGCCAACAAAAAAGAGUUUUUCAUCUAAUAAACGUAGUGAGUCUGGAAACGAAAGAAAAAGGAGUGUUCACAAUGACUCAUCUUAUAAUCAUAAAAGUGAUGAAGAAUUACGUGAUGUUGUCAGUAAAUUAUAAUUCAAAAUUUUGAAAAAAAAUGAUCAUUUGGCUAAGAUGAAAGAAGAAAUCAUUGAGUUAUAAGUACAAUGGCAAGAAGAGAAAAGAAAUUGGCAGAAUGAAAAAUGUGCACUUGAAAGACAAGCAGACUUCUAUAAAGAGAAUGUGUAUGAAUUUAUCAUUAUCAUUAGACAUGCAGAAAGACUUAAUAAUCAAAAAUUAUAGAUCCAGAUUGAUAAACUAACAUAAAUGUUGACUGAUUAAUCCAAAAUCAAGUAACAUUUCGAUACAAAUACUACUCUAGAAAAAGUGAGUGGGUAAUUAAACUAAGAGAUUGAUGUAUUAUAGAAAGAAAUAGGAACACUAAGAACUUAAAUUACUUUAUUAGAAAAUAAGUUAUUGACUAAAGAAGAAACUAUUUCAGAGUAAUAAAUUAGAAUUUAAAAAUUAAAAAAGAAAAUGGAUCAAUAAUUAUAGGUUCAAUUAGAAGAGAAAAUGGUUGAUGUUGACAAAUAAAAAAAAAGGAGUGGAGAAAUUAAAGAGAGAGUUUCAGAAUUAGAAUUAAAAUUAAAGAAUUUAAGUUUGGAAAGCGAAAGAAUUAAAAAAGAUAAUAAGUUUCUAUAAUCAGAAAAUGAUCAAUUAAGAAUUUAAUAUGAAAAAUCAAGUAGAUUAAUACCAUAAUUAGAAGACUAAAAGUAAUUUUUAUUUCAUCUUUUUUAGUAAGCGAUUAGAAUUAGAAAUAAAUGAUUAUGAAUAAUAAUUUGAAAAAAUGAGUAAAUAGAUUAGAGAUCUUAAUAAUUAAUAUGCAAAUGAAAAACAAUAUGGCCAAUCUCACAAUGAAGAACUUAAAAAGAAGAAUGCAUAGAUUGAUAAUUUAGAAUCACAAAUUAAUGAAUAAAUUAGACUAUUACAUGCUGAAUAGAGAUAAAAUACUUUUUUGAAAGAAGAGAUGGAAAAAUAUAAAGAAUAAUUAGAAAGAUUAUAAAGACAAUCUUAAUAAUUAACUGAUGCUUAACAUAAAGAUAUGGAUGUGUUGGAAGCUAAAAUUGAAAAAAUCAGCAAAGAAAUGAUUAAAUUAAGAGAGGAAAAUAGUAUUUUAAAAUCGCAAUUGUCAAAUCAAAAAAAGGAACAUGCUUAAUAUAUUGAUACCAUUGAUCAAUUAUAAAAAUAAGUUAGGGAUUUAAAAGGGAAAAAUAAAAUAUUAGUUUAACAACAUGAUGAUUUGGAUGCAAGGAUCAAUUAAUUAGCUUAAAUGAAACAAUAAAAAACUACUAAAGUUAGAAUACAAGAUUCUGAUUUUAGAAAGAAGAUGGCAAAAUUAGAGCGUUCAGAUAGUAGCAGUUCCUUUUCUGAUUGA